CACCAUGGUUACCCAGCGAAGCUAAGUUUGCUACGUGCUAGCAAGCAUAGCUGGAGAGGCGGUGUUAAUGAGCAGCAAUGGCGUAUGUUUGCUCCUUGGAGCUACUGGCGUCGGAAAAACCCUCUUGUUAAAACGUCUACAAAAGCUCAGUCUGCAUGGAUCUGGUGAAGUGGACGCCCCUCCACAUACUCUGCCAACCGUGGGAACCAACCUGACGGACCUGACCCUGAAGAGAAAGAAACUGACAGUGCGUGAGCUUGGUGGCUGCAUGGGCCCAAUAUGGCCCAGUUACUACAAGGAUUGCUCAUCUGUCAUGUUUGUGGUGGACUCAGCCAACAUUGCUCAGGUGUCGUCUUCAUGUAUCCAGCUGUUGUCUGUGCUCUCUGCUGAGCCUCUGCAUAAUGCAUCAGUGCUUAUACUCUUCAACAAAAGGGAUAUGCCUUGCACGAUGAGUCUGGUGGAGAUCAAGUCCCUUUUCCGAUUGGAUGACAUUGUUGCCUCCGCUCCUCAGCCUGUCACGACGCUGGAGGUCAGUGCCCGCUCUGGAAUGGGACUCCAGGAGGUGUUGAGCUGGCUGGAAUCAGUCGCCGUGCACAGUAAAUGGCCAUAAGUGACAUUUUAUUUAGGCUUGAAGGAAAAGUCAAGUCAGCAGAGAAAUGGAAAGACGGCACGUCAGUUAAGUAGUAAUUAAUGGAGCUUAAUUAAAUGUUUUAUUCACCACUUGAUUGCAGGGAUGUGUAAUGACUGUGAUGCAUGUUUACCGUGGCGUAGGGUGAAGGGCAAAUCCAGUGAGCAGUUGAAUCAAAUGUUUGUAUGAAUGGACUGCUCCAAUUACACUCUUGGUUCACAAGCAAUUAAUAAAACUCAUUUUCUAAUUGAU